AUGGCUACUUUAUCCGGAAAGACUUGCUUGGUUACCGGCGGGGCCGGCGGGCUAGGCAAAGCUAUUGCAACAAAAUUCCUUGAGGCCGGAGCCAACGUGGUGAUCUGUGACAUCAACGACGAUCGACUUCAACAGACCUCUGCAGAGCUUUCAGUAAAAGGCCCAUUGAAAGCAGUGAAUGCCGAUAUUACCUCUGCUGCAGCAGUGCAGGCUCUUUUUGACACAAUCGUUUCCGAGUUUGGAAAGCUGGACAUUCUGAUAAACAAUGCUGGGAUCAUGGACCGUUUUGACCCUGUGGGGGACUUGGAUGAGGAAUUGUGGGAUCGCGUCAUGGCUGUCAAUCUGACGGCACCUUUCCUGCUGAGCAGAUUGGCUGUUCGUAAUAUGCUUGAGCAGCCGAACCCAGAUGGCUAUAUCAUGAAUAUUGUAUCGUUGGCAGGCAAAGCUGGUUGGACAGCUGGUGCCGCAUACACAGCAAGUAAGCAUGGAUUGGUUGGUUUAACCAAGAAUACAGCCGCGUUCUAUGGAAAUAAGGGUAUUCGGUGCAAUGCGUUGAUGAUGGGCGGUAUGGCUACCAAUAUCACCGAGGCAUUUAUGGCAGGUGUGAAUGAAGAGGGAAAGGAGAAAGUAGUGGGUAUUAUGGGAGCCCUGGGGUCACCCCUAUGCGACCUAGACGAGGUUGCGGAAGUAUGUGUUUCUAUGACAUGCGGCAAGGGGAGCAGGCUUAUCAAUGGUGCCUGUAUUCCGGUUGAUCAUGGGUUUUCUGGUACAGUCGGCUAG